AUGUUUAGAGUCAACUCUAAAUUCGUGGUCAUUGAUGGGUGGCUAGUGGACGUUGUAGAGCGAAAACCGGUCAAUUUCAGGAGCCCUGAGAUAAGGUUGCUAAUACCGAAUGAUGAUGACUAUGAGAAAUUAUUAAAGCAAGACUUGGUGGAUUGGACAGAAUUAAAGAAGGAUGCCCAGUCCAUUCUUGUAGGGGUGGAUUCAGUGGAGUUAUUUAAGCAUAUAAAAUUAAGCUUGCAAGAGUUUUUUCUCCUAGACGAUGGGAAAGUAGUCCUGAAGAGGAUUCGGAGCAAAUCGCAUUACAAAGUGAUCAAGAAGUUUGCUCAGAGAUGCUGCAGGUUAUUUUUGCCAAAAUGGGGUACGAUAUAUAUCUAUCCGAUGAUACAAGAUGACCGGGUCCGGCCAGAUGGAGUUCUUCAGUUUUCUUUAGAUGUUCAGCCCAGUUUAGAAUACCCGCUAAUCGACAUAAACGUCAACAACCAGUACAUUAUAAUCGAGGGCUUCCUAAUAUACUUAAAUGAAAGGAGACUCUGUAAGUGGAACGAUAACAACUUGAGGGAUUGGAUAGGUCUAAAAACAUGGACUUAUUUGAGAAGGCUUUACAAUCCAAUAAGCCUCGACAUAGUUUACAACUUGAACUCGAACUAUUAUUUUGUGAAAGAUGAUCAGUUCUUUCAAAUCAUGGGGAAAAGGGCCUUCGUAAGGUUCUCCAAUGUGGUGGGAAACGACACGCGCGAUAAAGUCCCGUUCUAUGUUUGUGUUCGAACAACUACCACGAAAGCUACACAUAUUGCUUAUAUUGUAACAGAUGUAACACAAAUUUCCUUCAAUGAUAAAAAAGAUGGUCUAAAAUUCAUCGUCAGAGAACGGCCAAUCAUGGAAGAUGUAUAUUCUGACGUGAACAUUUCAGAAUUGGAAAACCAGCUUUUUAUUGAAGUGAAGGUUGUCGAAAAUGGUUUCUCAACUUACAUUCUUCAAUUAGAAAACCAGCUCAUGAAAUUUAUUAAUGAAGAGGAGAAAACUAAUUACAGGGUCGGCAUGAUAUCUGGUGAAGUUCUAGAUCAGAUUCGCGACUUUCCUGUAUCGAAAUUUACUAUGUCAUUAAUUGCCGCAGGUGAAGACAGAAAAUAUAUCGAACUACUUCAAGAACUAGCAAGGAGGUUAGAAAAAAUAUGCAUGGGAAAGACGUUACGCUCAUUGGAGGAGAUAAGAGAAAAGUUUGAUCAAAAGUCUGGUAUGCAAAUUGGACUCGAAAUGGAGUAUUACCAAAGCACUGAAGAAUGUAAAAGAAACCUCGAAGUUAUCAAAGACGACGUCAUGCCCAUGUUAGUGAAGCGGCUAGGCAGUAGAUCGGUACAUGAGUAUGGCUUGGUAAGAGAAGAGUAUAUUUCACCCCGGUUUUUAGCAGCAGAUGGAUUUUUGAUCGAUUUGGCAGAAGAGAAGCCAAUAAAUCCAAAAGAUCCACGUCUGUUAACGCUGCUAAAAGAUUUUCAGCGUGAUAGUAUUGCCCGACUCAGUUUGAUUGAUUGGGAUGAUUUCAAAAAGUCCCAAAGUCCAAUUCCAUUACGAGCUCGAACGUUGUUUAAACAUUGCAGGAAACUAAAUAAAAUUUUUACACAAGAUGCGGACUUUAAAUUAAAUUUGCCGCCCUCAGAAGUAAACUUGACGGAUGCACAGAUAACGAUAUCAUAUCCCUGCAUUCCCAUAUUUUUGGAGGACAAAAACGUUCGGUACCUGUAUGAAGACAGCUUUAUUCCUGGGAGUAGAACCGCUACAACACCUUCAUCUGCAACGUUUCAAUUAAAUUGCGAAUGGAAGAACCGUUUACAGAAUGACACCGAAUUACAACUGCAAGAAGGCGUUAAGCGUAUGCGACUUUUAACAUCUUACGAAGAAUUAAGAUCGAAAUACAUAUCUGCUUUUGAGAAACUACGCGCUGAUGAUUACAUCGACUAA